AGUCUGUGGUAAACGUCCGGUAUAAUGAGAUAAGAGAAUAAUAAUACUAAAUGUUUUGAUACAUUUGUAAGAUUUUUUUUUCUUUUAUUGAAAUAAUAAAGCUAUUAAUUAUACAUUGCCACUUAAAGUGCCUUAUACGUAUAUGAACUGAGAUAUGGUCGUUUAGUUAUUAUUUAAUAUGUCUAAAUGGAAGUUGUGCCGCCAAACUUUCGGAAAUGAUGAAUUUGAAUUAAAAGAAGGUGAAGUAACAAUUGGCAGGGGUGUAAAUAAUACAAUAAAACUUUCAAGUAUAGUUAUAUCGAGGAACCAUUGCUUAAUUUGUGUCAAACAAGAUGAAGUAGUUAUCACCGAUUUGAAGAGCUCCAAUGGUGUGUAUAUAGGAGUAAAAAAAAUAGCACCAGAAAUCCCAUAUACUUUAAGUAAUAAUGACAUUAUAGGCCUUGGUUGGGCAAUCGGAGCCCCUCUAGGAAAUAUAAAGGACAAUGAAAAGCAUAUUUACAAACUAGUCAAAAAUGAUCCACCUGAAACAAAUUUAAAACGUAAAUUAGAUAUAAGGGAAACUAUUCCCAUAGUAAAUAUUAUAGAAUAUGGGCAAAACAGCGAAAUCAGUUCAAAUGGUAGCAGUUCUGGUGAAAUGAUAAACAGAACGGAAAUUACUAGUUUUGAAGCAAAAAAAGCAAAACUUGAACCAAAUUUCAUUGACCUAACUGACGAUCAUAAUGAAGAUUUUCCACAAGGUUUCAUUAGAAAUAAACAAGAUUAUUAUAUUAUUAAUGAGGAACCUGAAAUCAUACUUAGUGACAGUGAUUACGACGCCGAGUAUAGGUUUGUCAGAUUAUCAGAAAAUUUACAAAAACCUUCUUUAAAAAUGGAAAAACCAGACACUUCCAUGGAAAAUUCUACAUACAGUCAACAAGAUGAUGAUAUCGAAGUGGACUCAGAUGAAGUUGAAGAAGUAAAUGAACCUGAACUAUCAGAUAAAACACCAAAUAAAGCAUUAUUAAAGGACUAUACAAACAAAGAAUGUAACGUAUUGGACGAAAUAAAUGAGAGUGAUAAUGAUGACAUUGUUAUUUACAAGAGACCAUCCAAAAACAGUAAUUUUCUAUCAUUCCAACAAACUGAUAAUAAUUCAAAUACAGUGAAAAAAUCACAAAUACAAGAAAUCAGUAUAUGUUGUGGAGACAAAAAAGAAUGUCAUGACACAGAAAAUAUUACACAAACAAGUUCAGAAGAAAAAAGAAUCAAUGGAAAAUCAUCAAAAAUAAUUCCUAAUACUCAACUACCUGCUCCAAUACUAAAUAAAACCAAAGCUAAAAAAAAAUCGAAGGAUCAAGUAAAACAGUCAAAAACGAAAAAAAAUAAAUCAAACUCAAUGAAAAAACCAAAAUUAACAGAUUCUCAAAAAGAGAAAAGGAGACAGAAACUUAAAGAAAUAUGUGAAAAAGAAAUUUGCCCCGUGACACACUCUAAUGUUAAUUCAAAACUACAUGAAAAUAGUAAAAAUAGUAUAAGUACAGACAAAACACAGAACCCUAAAGAUAUCCCUACGCUACAAGAGAUUGAAAAAGUGAAUAACAAAAUAAAAUCUUUUACUCAGUCAAAAAAACAAAUUCAAACUAUCGAACCUCAUGUAAUGAAGCCUGGGAAAACGAGAACCGCUCGUAGUAAAGCUAAACAUGAUACUGAACCCAAAGAUAGCACAGAUAUAAAUAUGAGCAACGAUCCUAAGACACCCGCAGUGGUACAGAAUGAGGAUGUCAACAAUAUUAAAAUGGCCAAGCAAAGUCAAAGGCCCUUACUAGUCAAUCCACAUAUAAGCUUGUCACUAAGAAAUAAAGUUCUCAUAAAGAUCCUCACAUGGAACCCUAAUUGGCUUGAGGAACAAAAGAAACAAUCCCAACCAGCUCCUAUAUUAAAAAAUGAAACAGCACUUUUGACGCUAUUUUUAUCGUUCAACAACUGUGAACAGUAUGUCGGACAAAUGAAAAAUUUAUUACUCAUAGAAAUAUGGGAAUAUCUUACACAGGAGUACAAUUAUCCAAACAAAAGGCAAUAUUUAAAUCUUCAAAUUGAAACUUUACCUCCGAAGCCACCCAAGGAGAGGUAUUCUGAGUUAUUUACCAUAACUGUUAGAAUGCUAAUGUCCACAAGCAGCAUGAAACUGGUGCCCCGGCACGGUGAUAUAAUGAUAUUAAAAUUCAGGGAACACAAUGAGAAUAAUUCAUAUAAAUUAAAAUUUUGCUUGAUUCACAAAGUCGAUUAUAUAUCAUCUCACAAUAACAAAACAAUUGUUCUAUCAUGCCACGUCACUUACUCCAGUCUGUUUAAGAGCUUGCAACCGGGUGAUGUGCUGACCGGGGAGAACAUAACUAAUAUAAACAAAGAACUAUCACUGUUUGAAGCGAUGAAAGUGCUGGAGAGAUCACCUAUAAGAGAGUUCAUAUUGAAACCUGACCCGGCACAGUAUAUUGAUAUUGAUAGGAAUGUGUCCGCGGGCACAGAGUCACAGUGGACGGCUGCGUUGAACGACAGCCAGCGGCGAGCUGUAGCGGAGUCUGUCAGCGCCGCUCUUGGUUCUCAACCAGUAUUGAGAAUGAUACAAGGACCACCGGGGACCGGAAAGUCUAGAGUGAUAUGCUCCAUCGUAAUGGCGUACUUUUAUGGAAAUUCAAUGAGAAAACAAAGUAAAAGGGGCAAGAUAUUGAUUUGUGCGACAAGCAACGCGGCCGUCGACGAGCUGGUUAUCAGGUUACUGAACAUGAGAGAGACUCUAGAGGAAGGUGAACGUUUCCGUCUAGUCCGUGUUGGGCGGCUGGAGUCCAUGCAUAAAGACGUCAGAGACGUCAGCACGCAAGCAACGGCUCAGAGGGUACUCAUGCGGAGAGAGGACUCCAACAGUGACGUCACUAAGGAGAUUGCUCUUAAUCAAGCCAUGAUCGAUAGAUGGAAGGCCGAGAAGGCGACCGACCCGGCCAGGGCCGCGUACUGCGACGACCGCGCGAGGUACUUCGCUAGACAAAUAGAACUGCUUCGCGGCGGCGGCGUGCGUCCGGGCCAGCUCGUGGAUGUGGAACGUCGGUUGGUGGAAGAAGCCGACAUCGUGGCCACAACCCUCGCCAGCUCAGUCAACCACAAGAUGCGGGGGUUGAGAGGUAUCGAACUUUGCAUAGUGGAGGAAGCCGGGCAGGCCAUCGAACCCGAGACCUUGCUGCCUCUGAUGCUGGGAGUCAACAAGAUGACGCUGGUGGGAGACCCGCAACAACUGCCGGGGUACAUCUGUUCGGAGCGAGCCAAGACGCACGGUCUGGACAGGAGUCUGUUCUCCCGCUUGGCCGCGUAUAGUGAGUGCUGGGAACGGCCACCGUUGGUGCUACUGGAUCGCCAGUACAGGAUGCACCCCACCAUCGCCGACUACCCCAACAGAGCCUUCUAUGGGGGGAGGGUGCAGUCUGUGCCCCCACCACCACUCUCACUACACCUACCACCCUACUGCAUACUCGACAUACCGGGGAGUGAACAUGACGAGGCGUGGGGCGCGGCCCGGGUGGCGCUGGCGGUGUUCUCAGCGGCCCGAGCCCACAGCCCUCAGCUGUCCGUGGCCGUCAUCACACCGUACGUCGCUCACAGAGACUUACUGAGGAAGUACCUCCUGGAACUCGACGAGUCUGCUCGUGGCGUGGAAGUCAACACGGUGGACAGCUUCCAGGGUCAGGAGCGGGACCUGGUGGUGGUGUCGCUGGGGCGGCGGCAGGGCGUCGGCUUCCUGGCACACGCUGGACGGAUGAACGUCCUCCUCACGCGAGCCAGACACGUCCUCAUACUCUGCCUAUACAAAAACGCUGUCGAGAAACACGAUCAAUGGCGUACUUUAGUCAGAGAUGCCGAAGAAAAGAGCUUGUUCAAGACCCUCCCCAGCUACAUGUGCAGACCCAGCGGCCACUCUGCCAGGCAGGCUUCCUCCAAGGAAGUGUUAGAAUUCUUAAGAUCUAAAAAGAAUAAGCAUGGACAUAAAUGAUUAAGCUGUGCUUCGAAUUAUUGUAUUGUUUUAUAAAAAAUCCACAUUUAAUAUGAAAAAUUUUGUAAAGUCAUUUACAAAAUUAUAUACAUACAUAUGGUUUACAAACUGAAUGGAAUAAGACAUGUUUAGAUUUUUUAAUAACAUGCAUUUUAACGCAUUCUUAAUUAUAAUAUGACCUAAAAAUAAACAUUAUCCAGACGUAGUACAAACGCUGUAUGUACCUAUAUAAUGCUUUAAAUCCCUAAAUACUAUCGAUGAUAAACAACUGAAGUGCUACAAAAUAAUAAAAUUACUGUUAUGAUGAACGCAUCACUUUCCUACCAUAAGCAUAACGUUUGCCAUAAAAACAAACCAGUUGUUAUUAAUGCUUAAGGUAAAUUUUUAAUUCCUUUUUUUUAUUUUAGUAUAUAAAUGUCUGUUAUAUAGACUUUUAUGUUUAAGUUUAGAAUUUAAAGACAUGGCCGACAAUAAUAUUUAGCAUUUAUUAUUCCACUUACAUCACUAGCGGGUUCGAAUACGUUGAUGUAGUUAAGUCAGUGUUGCAAGUGAUUAAAAAUCUAACAGUUGCCACCAUCAUCAUUGUUAAAGGACUUCAAAAUGGUUGCCUCGAAUAUUGUCAAGUUUCCUUAAUUUAGGAAUUUAAUUAAAACCUUCAUAUUAUUGAAUAAUACAAAAUUAUUCACUGUGUAAAUAAAAUAGCCGUUAGAAAUAAUGUGUCACGACGUAAUACAAUCAGAGACGCGGAACAAGCUUUAAUGUUUCUUAUCAAUUUCCUUCCUUUUUCACUCGCACCGUACAAAUAAUUUUGUAUAAUGAAAUAAAUAUUUCGUUUUGACAUAUUAUUUUUCUUUACAUUAAUUUAAAAUGUUUUUGAACAUAUACAACAGUGUUUUAUCAUUAUAUAACAGUUUUUUAAGUCCUCUUAGCAUAACCCGUUUAUAGUCACACAGGAUCGAUGUUCUUGACCCUCGUUGGACAGACGGAUAAUUUCUACCACAACUUAAGCAAAUCAAACAAAAAGUUCUGUCUACCCCAACUCAAUAUAUAUUUUUUAUAUUUUAAA